GGCUGAAGGGUGGAGACUCAGAGCAGCAGUGAGGAGGGAGGCAGGGAGUAUCUCAGCUGGAGCAGAGAGAGAGAGAGGGGCGUACAGAGAGGAGUGUGUGUGGAUGUACUCCUGCCUCACUGACUGACUGACUGUGUGUGUGUGUGUGUGUGACAGAACGAGGGGAGGACGCGUGGAUACUACCCCACAGGACUCUACGUGUUUGCCGUCACAGAAAGAGACCACGCAUACGACCAAAAAGAGAGUCGGGCAGACAGACACCGGGGUAGAGUGCGGAGGAGGAAGCAGACCAGGCAGAGCACACGAGACCUGACCGACGGCGUCCAUGGCGAGCAAUAACACGGCCAGCAUCGCACAAGCCAGGAAGCUGGUGGAGCAGCUGAAGAUGGAGGCCAACAUCGACAGGAUAAAGGUGUCGAAAGCAGCGGCAGACCUAAUGUCCUACUGCGAAGCCCAUGCCAAAGAGGACCCUCUGCUAUCGCCGGUGCCGGCGUCAGAGAACCCGUUCAGGGAGAAGAAGUUCUUCUGUGCCAUCCUGUAAACUCGGCAUGGCCCUUCAGCGGUCGGCCCGGUGUGGGACUCUGAACGUGGACGUACAAAAUACGUAGAAAUCUUCGAGUAGGAGCCCCCCCCCACCCCCCCCCCCCCUCCCCUUUUUCGGACAGCACCUAAAAAGUGUGAAAAUUUAAAACCCGCAGAGUUUACAUGUAACUAUUAAAGGGGUUCUUGGUUGUGAUUUUUAAAAAGGGGCGUUGCAGUAUGUUGAAGGGGUCUGUGCUUUUAGAUGACGAGUGUGACGAUGACGAGUGUGACGAUGACGAGUGUGACGAUAACCCAGAGACGUGACGGACAACCAGUCAUCCUACCGAGUCUUCAGGUUGUGUUGUGUACAAACCAAACAAACAAAAAGAUUAAAUGAUAAAAAAUAUUUUGUGGUUCUUUUUUGGGACUUCCAAAUGUUCUGUUGUAUGGUUCGUGGGCGGGUCGAGUGACGUAGGACAGAAAACCCAAAUACGCCUAAAUGCCACCCGAUUAUUGGAUUGUUUAGUUUUUUUUAAGUUGUUGUUUAUGUUUAUUUCAACUUUACCUUUCACCUAGAUAUCUUUCUAUAACUGUAAGUGGAACAGCUCUGUUUACUUUUUUCAUUUUUGGUUUUUACACCAACAGGUUAGCGAAAUAUUUUUAAUAGGAUGUUUGAAACAUUCGAUUCUUGUGAUUCUUCUUUACAAAUACCUGUCUGAAUAUCAAGUCUCUGUGUAUCAACAUCUAUCUGGCAAAUGUGAUGCGGUUUGUCUCCUUCAGAUAGAAAAACCCUCUUUCUACUGUUUGUAUAAAAUGACUAGCAAGUAAACUGUGCUGUGCUGUGAGUUCUGAAUGUUUGUGUUUGUAUCAUCAACUAUUGCAUGAAAAUGGACAAAAAGUCUUCUCUAUUUCCACUCAUGUGGAGAUUGUAUAAAACAGGGGCGUCCUCCGUCUGGAAGUGCCAAAACGUAUUAAAAACCAGAAUGAUUCAA